GCUGGUGCUGUGCGCGCUGCUCGGCCCGCUGCAGGUGACUUUUCAGAUCACCCCUCCAUGUAGCAGUGAGAGGCAUUAUGAGCAUCUUGGACGGUGCUGUAACAAAUGUGAACCAGGAAAGUACAUGUCUUCUAAAUGCACUACUACCUCUGACAGUGUAUGUCUUCCCUGUGGCCUGGAUGAAUACCUGGAUACCUGGAAUGAAGAAGAUAAAUGCUUGCUGCAUAAAGUUUGUGAUACAGGCAAGGCCCUGGUGGCCGUGGACCCCGGCAACCGCACGGCCCCGCGGCGCUGCGCCUGCACGGCCGGGUACCACUGGAGCCAGGACUGCGAGUGCUGCCGCCGCAACGCCGAGUGCGCGCCGGGCUUGGGCGCCCAGCACCCCUUGCAGCUCAACAAGGACACGGUGUGCAAGCCCUGCCUUGUAGGCUACUUCUCAGAUGCCUUCUCUUCCACAGACAAAUGCAAACCCUGGACCAACUGUACCAUCCUUGGAAAGACAGUGGAACGUCACGGGACAGAGAAAUCAGACGUGGUUUGCAGUUCUUCUCUGCUGUCUAGAAAACCACCAAAUGAACCCCAGAUUUACUUGCCCAGUUUAAUUAUUCUGCUUCUCUUCAUAUCCAUGGCAUUAUUUGCUGCCGUCAUCUUUGGUGUUUACUAUAGGAAAAAAGGGAAAGCACUAACAGCUAAUUUGUGGCACUGGGUCAAUGACGCUUGCGGCCGCCUAAGUGGAAAUAAGGAGUCCUCAGGUGACACCUGCAGCAGCACUCACGUGACAGCCUCUGGUCAGCGCCAAGUCUGUGAAGGUGUCUUGCUGCUGACUCUGGAGAAGACACUUCCAGAAGAUAUGUGCUGUCCAGAUGGCUGCAGAGUCUGUGCGGGCCCAUGUGUGGGAGCUGGUCCCUACUCAUCAGGCAGAGAUGUCACCAUGCUGUCCUUGGUCAGCGAGACCGAGGCCGAGGGGGACCCUUUCAGGCAGAUUCCCAUGGAAGACGAGUACGUGGACAGGCCCUCGCAGGGCCCUGACUGUUUACUGCUCCUGACUCAGCCUGGAAGCAAAUCCAUGCCCUCUUUCUCUGAGCCCCUGGAGGUGGGGGAGAAUGACAGUUUAAGCCAGUGCUUCACGGGGACAGAGAGCAUGGUGGAUUCAGAAAGCUGCGACUUGGCCGAGCCCCUCUGCAGGACUGAUUGGAUCCCCGUGUCCUACGAAAAGUACUUGCAAAAAGAGGUGGAGGCUGGCAAUUGCCCCCACUGGGCAGCCAGCUCCAACUCGGCGGAUGGCUGCACAGGCUGUGGGAACCCUCCUGGGGAGGACUGUGAACCCAUCCUCGGUUCCCUGAAACAUGGACCCUUGCCCCAGUGUGCCUAUGGCAUGGGCCUUCCCCCAGAGGAAGCAGCCGGCAGGGCAGAUGGGGGAGACCAGCCCCACGACGACAACGGCGGGGCUGAUGGGAGGCUGCCAGGCUCGACUAGAGGAGGGGCUGGGUCUGGAAGCUCCCCUGGUGACCAGCCACCUGCAUCUGGAAAUGUGACUGGAAACAGUAACUCCACGUUCAUUUCCAGCGGCCAGGUGAUGAACUUCAAGGGCGACAUCAUCGUGGUCUACGUCAGCCAGACGUCGCAGGAGGGCGCGGCGGGGGGCGCGGCGGCGGCGGGGGAGCCGGUGGGCUGCCCGGUGCAGGAGCGUUUUGCUGAUGGUUUUCCCGGGUGUGUGUCUAAGCACCUUCGGGAAAAGGCUAGAAAUGUGAGGAACGGAGUGAGAAACGCGAGCGCUGUAAAUGGAUGUCACCCGGGCUCUCUCCCGGGGCAGACGUCCCCGCAGCCUCUGACGUCCUGUCACGUCCACGUCCGCUCAUCCCCCAGCCAGUUCUCUCUGCCUUUGCAUUUUCUGGACGUCUUCGGCCCCGACUCAUCCCUGUCAUUUCUCAGAGCAGCGGCAGCCGUCCUCAGCUCGCGGCCGGACUCUGCUCCCCGAAGCACGGGGCCACCCACUCCAGGCGACGACAAACCGGCAAAAGUCGCGACACUUCGGACCCCUCUCUCCCCUCCCCCGUCUCUGCAGGUGGACUCGGGCAGGGUGAAUCCAUUUUCCCGUAGAAACGAACGACGCCCGGCCUUCUCGGCGACCCGGCUACAGUCAUCUCAGGAUGUAAAUGAGACGACCUUAACUUUCGCUUCUAAACAAACCUGGCUGGUUUCCCCGUUGGAUUUGUAG